AUGGGUCAUCAUAAUCAUCACCUCUGGUUCCUGUUCGUUUGUAUCUUGCUUCCACAAAACUGCCAGUCAUGGGGUUGGUCUUUUUCUUCCAAAGAGGCUCCUUCAACGGAUUACCCUUCAGAGAACAUGGCAAUUUCUGGUGAUGUAGUUGCUGAAUUCUCUAUGGAACCUCUCAGCAACCAGAAGGGAAUGAAGCUGGUUGAAAUGGCCAGAAGAAAGUUGGUUGCGUCGAGUUCUACCUGUCAGCAGAAUGCUUAUCGGAAUCUAUUUGCAGGUUGUUCCGAGAUUCUUGCUGACGAAGAGAAGCGGUCGAGGCUUGCUUGGCAUCUUAGUGAUUGCUUUCAAAAGGAAUCGGGGAGGCCUGCUUUCCCUUAUUGCAACCUUAAAUCUACCAUGGUGAAUUGUCUCAAAAACUUGGAUGUCGAUGCUCAUAAGAUUUAUCUUGAGUUCUACCUUGAGACCAACUCCAUCUGUCAUCAGUUACAGACUGAUGCAUUCAAACGUCAAACAGAGAGUUUAGUGAAUGAGCUAAAGAAGUCUGCUGAAUAUGCAGAAGAGAAAUUAGAGAACAUAGAAGAGCAUGCUGUGCAUCUAUUGCAGAAUUCAAAUCAAAUCCAUGAUUCUUUAGCUUCAAUUGACCUCCAAACACAAAAAGUGGCUCAAACUACAAAGAAUGUAGAAGAUCAUGUUAAUGUUGUGUUAAAGCACUCGGAAGAAAUAUAUACUCAAUCCAAAGGAAUUGCAGUUUCUCAGUCAGAAUUGCGGGAAGGACAAGAAAAAAUGAGGGAAAAGUUGCAGGAAGGGAUGGCAAUGCUUCAUGAUUCAUAUGAUAAUUUGGGACAAGAAAUUACUAACUUAAAGAAUGAAGCAGUAGAAAUAGAGAAGGAGAUCAAUAAAGUUGGAGAUGCAAUGUCUUCGAAGAUGGAAAGUCUGCAAACCAAAGCUGAUGAUAUUGGGAAUAUGGCAGGAAUAUCCUUAGACAAGCAAAAACAACUUCUCAAUGGGCAGUCUGUAGCUCUUGAGGGUCUUCACUAUUUAACUAAAUUCCAGUCCCAAGCACUCGAAGAGAGCAGGGGUACUCUACAACAGUUAGCUGAAUUUGGGCAUAAACAACAAGAAGAACUUCUUCAACGGCAAGAACAACUUAAACAAGCUCAUGAUCAUCUGGUUGAAAAUUCAAAGACAAUAUUGGAAGCUCAGGAAGCUUUUGAAUCAAAGCAAGCAAGCAUGUUCAUUGCCAUAGACAAGCUCUUUGCCUUGCACAAUGCUAUGCUCCUUGAAUCACGACUAAUUAAAACUUUCUUUGUCUACUCAAUAUUUAUCUUUGUGCUCUACAUGUUCACCAGUACAAAGCAAACACACACUGUGAGACCAAGGCUCUAUAUAGGCUUAUGUGUUGCAUUCUUGAUUGAAUUCACUAUACUACGGUACAACACGAAUGACGUCGAACAACAAGCAUGGAUAAUAUGUAUCGUUAGAUCCUUCUUUGUGCUUCUUGCCUCAAUCCAACUUCUAUAUGCCAUUUGUACAUACAGAGACUAUGAAAUGUUGAACCACCAGAUGCUAGCUACACUGAUUGAGAAAGUCAAUGGCAUGCAAAGAAACAAAGAGUCAUUGUGGGACAUGGAUAGUGAGGUGAACUGGUCUUCGUGGGUUGACACUGAGCUACCAGAAGAUGUAGACAAAUUACAAGACCCAGACUUUAUGCUUCCAGAGGAAGUAGGAGAGAAUUCGGUUGCAACCUCCACAAUUACAAGAAAAUACAACCUUCGUAAUCGAUCUCAUCGUGUCUAGUUUACUGAUCGAUUUUUAAUUGAGUCCAAAAUCUAGAAUACUUGCCAACUGAACUUAUGUAACAUUCUUUUUAGUAAUAAUUCAAACAAUGAAAUGA